CCCGAUCCUGACUUCAACUAUCGCGACAACUGGAAGUUCCUCACAAUCCAACGUUUGCCUAAGAAUUCAACCUCUAUCACGCAACCACUCGACGCCGGCAUCAUCAGCGUCUUCAAACGAGCGUUAUUGGAUCUUCUCAGUCGAGAAACAAGCCUUGUCAAGACCUACGACAAAAGCAAGGCAAUCAGCAACGGACACGCAUGGUCACUUGUUCCGUUCGCAUGGAACAAAGUCAAGGCAUCAACAGUUCGCAAUUGCUUUGCGAAAACUCCUGUUCUCCCGGAUGACAUGCGCCAGCAACUACGACAGCGACCAACAGCACCCCAGGAACAGCGGGAGAAGAUUCAAUACUUGCGGCGCAACGAUUACAGGGAAGAAGCGCAAGCCUACUUUGAGCACCUAAUUGUCGAGGUGAACGAAGCCAAUGACUGGAAAUGGACCUUCAAACCACAGGGAACAAAGGACGUACAGGAUCUUGCCGACGAAUCAUUAGCUGCCGAACCUGCAGUGAAGGAGGUUGCUAUCGAGUUGAACCUGUUACCUGUCUCGAGCCCGUCUUGUCCACGACCAUACGAUACCGACGAGCGAGCAAGUUCUCCUCUGGCCGAGGACGUCUAUGCGAGAGGCAUGCAGGUCCUAAAAGAAAGGGCACCAGCACUCGGACUGAUGAGCGUUGACGAGUUCAAGGCGACAAGGAGGGUAUUGAGCGGUGGAUCGGCGGAGGAGGUCAAGCUCAGCAAGGUGUUAAAGGAUGUUUUGCGCUCCUAUGACAAAGCUGACCAUCUGGGAGGACCUGUGGAACAGUUGGAGGUUCAACCAGUCAUCCAACCAUUGCUUUCAACAUUGAUGGACAGUGAAACCCUUAAUCUCUGCCCCACCAACUCGAGCAAAACCCAAUACAGCCUUGACGACGGCAGCAACAACGGGGGAUACGUGAUGGAUGGAAAUCAAUGUGGUCAAGGAGAGAACGAAGGCAGUGAGGAAAGUGACGAGGAGGUUGACGAGGAGAAGCAGUGGGUGGAGAAAGAAUUGUUUGAGAGACAGCGUCAAGGGUAUGGAGAUGAGGAGGAGGAGGAGGAAGACGAGGAGUUGCUGCUGCAUCGUGAUCGAGGAGCGGCUAUUGCACCCUUUGCUGUAGAGGAAGAACCCACUGCUGACUACAGCAAUUACAGCGGCCAUGCCGGCGAUGAGAGCAACAGUGACAGUGACCACGACAAGAGCAACAACACAAUAUCAAUAACAACAACAGCAGCAACAGUAGCAAAUAACAUACCCAUCAACGAAUAUCAUUCUUUUUCUUAACCACCUUUUGUCCGGCCCUUUUGCCCUUCCUUUUAUGUGGGUUGAAAAUACCUCAUGUGACCGAAUAAUUGAUCUGACUGAAUAACAUUUUAAUUCAUUUCUUCGAAAUUGUUAUCCGGACAGAUUUCCUAUCCUUUUGUCCGGAUAAAAAAGAAUUGACUGUACAUAC